AAAAGGGCAUCGUGACCAACUAACUUGGCUCAGGGCCAGGAAAGGGUCAGCUGCUGGUCACUCUUCGUCAGGAAAUUUUCUUGAACUGAGUGACCAAAGGUACCCAGUGAGCCCCACAGAAGCUUUGGAAACUCUCAGCUGGAGGGGCGGGGAUGGUGUUGAGCACUGAGCUUUUUGCUUGGGGGCAGCCGACUGUGAAGCUCUGAUCAGAGACGGGGAGGCUGCCACCUCUGCCUGUUACCACUGUUAGCAGGAAACAACAGGCUAUGCACGCUGACUGAGAUGAGAAUAAUUCUUUCGGAGAUGUGCUUUUUCUUUAGGAUUGCAUCAGGAGUUGUUCACUAAAGGCCCUUCCACCAUGAAAGCCAUCAGGAUUUGAAGAGCUGUGAUGAAAAGCCACUGAAGCACUGCCAAGCACCCUCAUUCUAGCCACAAUGAUCUGUCACCUCAUCCGCUGCAGCAGCCUCCGAACAAGUCUCCUUGCUUCCAGACUUGCACCCUACAAUCUCUUCUCUGCACAGCAGCGAGAGGGAACUUUUUAAACAUUUUUCAGAUAUUUGCUUUGGAGGGAUGGCGUGGUGCUUCUAUCUAUAGCACCAUGAUGCCUGGAAAUCUCAGAAGGAUGGGAGUGGUGAGCAGCAAAAAGCAGGUCAAGGAGAAGGAUAAGGGCCAGUGGAGCCCCGUGAAGGUCAGCACCCAGAGCAAGGCUCCCCCACCACUGCCACCCCUGGUCGUCUUUAAUCAUCUUGCUCCUCCCCCUGAAGACAAACACCCAGAGCAAGAGGAACAUUUUGUGGUGGCUUUGUAUGAUUACAAUGCAGUGAAUGACCGGGACCUGCAGAUGCUAAAGGGAGAGAAGCUGCAGAUCCUGAAGGAAACUGGAGACUGGUGGUUGGCCAAGUCACUCAUCACUGGAAGAGAAGGCUACGUGCCCAGCAACUUUGUUGCCCGAGUAGAGACGCUGGAAGUAGAAAAGUGGUUCUUUAGAUCGAUUGGCCGGAAAGAUGCUGAGAGGCAGCUUCUGGCUCCAAUCAAUAAGGUCGGCUCAUUCCUUAUUAGACAGAGUGACACAAAUAAAGGUGCCUUUUCCCUGUCUGUGAAGGAUGUAACCACCCAGGGGGAGGUGAUCAAACACUAUAAGAUCCUUAUGCUGGAUGAAGGAGGCUAUUACAUCUCCCCCAGGAUUACUUUUCCCUCUCUCCAAGACCUGGUGCAGCACUAUUCUAAGAAAGGGGAUGGUUUGUGCCAGAGACUGACUCUGCCCUGUGUAAGCCUGGCUCUUCAGAACCCCUGGGUUCAGGAUGAAUGGGAAAUUCCCAGGCAGUCUCUCAAACUGGUCAGGAAACUCGGGUCUGGGCAGUUUGGAGAAGUCUGGAUGGGUUAUUACAAAAAUAAUGUGAAAGUGGCCAUCAAGACCUUGAAGGAAGGAACUAUGUCUCCUGAAGCCUUCCUCGGUGAGGCCAACAUGAUGAAAACCCUCCAGCAUGAGAGACUGGUCCGUCUCUACGCCGUGAUCACCAAGGAGCCCAUCUACAUCGUGACCGAGUACAUGGCCAGAGGAUGCCUUCUGGAUUUCUUGAAGACAGAUGAAGGUAGCAGACUGUCCCUCCCAAGACUGAUUGACAUGUCGGCCCAGAUUGCAGAAGGAAUGGCGUACAUCGAGCAAAGGAAUUCAAUCCACCGUGACUUGAGGGCAGCCAACAUCCUGGUGUCUGAGACCUUGUGCUGCAAAAUAGCUGACUUUGGCUUGGCCCGGAUCAUUGACAGUGAAUACACUGCCCAAGAGGGUGCCAAGUUCCCCAUCAAGUGGACAGCCCCAGAGGCCAUCCACUUUGGAGUGUUCACCAUCAAAGCAGAUGUGUGGUCAUUUGGAAUCCUUCUGAUGGAAAUUGUCACUUAUGGGCGUGUACCAUAUCCAGGCAUGAGCAACCCUGAGGUCAUCCGCAGCCUGGAACGGGGCUACCGCAUGCCGCGCCCGGACUUGUGCCCGCCCGAGUUGUACAGCGGCAUCAUCAGCGAGUGCUGGCGCAGCCGGCCUGAGGAGCGGCCCACCUUCGAGUUCCUGCAGUCUGUGCUAGAGGACUUCUACACGGCCACUGAGCGGCAGUACGAGCUCCAGCCCUAGGUCUGCCCACCAACUGGCCUGGUCCUCCAGCUCUCGGAGGGAUGCUCAGCUGGAAGAGAUGCAGCCAGAGCCUCGAGUGCUUAUGGGUCUCAGCUUCUAGUGACCGGGGUGGUCCACAAUCCUUGGGCAGAAUGUUAGAAUUGCCUACGCAUAUUCGCAUCUGGCCCUUAUUUAAGCCCCAUGAUAACCUGAAAAUCAGAGGGAUUCAGUGGCGUCACUAAGGAGGUGCAGGGGUGCAGACUGCAGAGAGUGACACUGUCAGAGGUGGUGACACCAAAAUGACGGUCUAUAAAAUUUUUGUGCAGAAAUUUAUUUUUUAUAUAAAUAUCCCUGUAGUUAAACAAUAAAAAAAAUUUUAAUAAGCCCAGCUUACA